AUGUUUCGCGACAUUCUUUCUCGCCGUACUUUCAUUUCUUGCCGUACAUUAUCUCUCGCCGUACCGUCUUUCUCACCGUACUUUCUUUCUCGGCGUACUUUCAUUCCCGACGUACCUUCUUUCUCGCCGUACAUUCUCUCACACCGUACCGUCUUUCUCGACGUACAUUCAUUCACGACGUACCACAGUACAUUCUUUCGCGUCUUCUUUUUAGCCGUAUUUUCAUUCUCUCCGUACAUUUUUUCCUCGCCGUACCAUCUUUCUCGCCGUACCAACUUUUUCGCCGCAACUUCUUUUACGCCGUAUCUUCUUUCUAGCCGUACCUUCUUUCUCGUCGUAUUUUCUUUCUCGACGGACUUUCUUUCUGGCCAUAGAUUCACUCACGACGCACCGUCUUUCUUGCCGUAUUUUCAUUCUCGACGUACAAUCUUUUUCGCCGUAUCUUCUUCUUCGCCGUACCUUUUUUCUCGCCAUACAUUCUUUCUAGCCGUAUUUUCAUUGACGACUGGUACCUUCUUUUUCGACGUACCAUCUUUUUCGCCGUAUCUUCUUUCUCGCCGUAUUUUCUUUCUCGCCGUAUUUUCUUUCUCGCCGUACUUGCCUUAUCGACGUACCAUCUUUUUCGCGGAUAAAGAUAUCUAUUUCUCGCCGUACCAUCUUUUUGGCCGUAUCUUCUUUCUCGACGUAUCUUCAUUCUCACCAUACAUUUUUUCUCGCCGUACUUUUAUUCCCGAUUUUCCAUCUUUCAUGAUACAUUCUUUCUUGUCGUACCUUUCUCUGCUUAUUUUCUUUCUCGCCGUACCUUCUUUCUCUUCGUACCAUCGCGGUAUAUUCUUUCUCGCCGUACUUUUAUUCUCGACGUACCGUCUUUUUCACCGUAUGCUCUUAAUAGUUAUACCUUCUUUCUCACCAUACCGUCUUUCUCGACGUACCAUCUUCUUCGCGUCGUACCUUUCUCGCCUUAUCUUCUUUAUCGCCUUACUUUCUUUGUCGUGGUAUCUUCUUUCUCGCCGUACCUUCUUUCUCGCCGUACAUUCUUUCCUGCCGUACUUUUAUUCCCGACGUACCAUCUUUCUGGCCGUAUCUUCUUUCUCGUCGUACCUUCUUUCUCGGCAUAUCUUCUUUAUCGCCGUGCGCUUCUUUCUAGACGUACCUUCUUUCUUGACGUACCUUCUUUCUCGCCGUACUUUAAUUCUCGCUAUAGUUUGA